AUGGACCAGUAUGAACCAGUAAGGCCAGUAUGGACCCGGACCGGGACUCCCAGUAUGGACCAGUACUCCCAGUAUGGAGCGGACAUCCCCAGAAUGGACCAGUACCCUCCCAGUAUAUCCCAGCCGGGUUCCUUCCAAGGCUUGAGCAGCUUGAGGAAGCUUUGGCUCAUGCACGCCCGCGUGGCCGCCGUGGAACGCAACGCCUUCGACGACCUCAAAGCCCUGGAAGAGCUCAACUUGGCCCACAACGAGCUCAGCUCUCUGCCCCACGACCUCUUCGCCCCCCUGCACCGCCUCGAGAGGGUCCACCUCCACCACAACCCCUGGAGGUGCGACUGCGACGUCCUCUGGUUGGCCUGGUGGCUCAGGGAGACGGUGCCCAGCAACACCAGCUGCUGCGCCCGCUGCCACGCGCCCCCCGCUUUGAGGGGGAGGUAUUUGGGGGAGCUGGAGCCCACCCACUUCACUUGCUACGCCCCGGUGAUCGUGGAACCCCCCGCCGACCUCAACGUGACCGAAGGGAUGGCGGCGGAGCUGAAGUGCCGCACGGGGACGGCCAUGACGUCGGUGAAUUGGUUGACCCCCAACGGGACGUUGAUGACUCACGGUUCGUACCGGGUGCGGAUCUCGGUGCUGCACGACGGCACCCUCAACUUCACCAACGUCACCGUGCAAGACACGGGGCAGUACACGUGCAUGGUCACCAACGCCGCCGGCAACACCACGGCUUCGGCUACGCUCAACGUCUCCGCCGCCGACGCUGCAGCCGCUGCAGCCGCAGCCGCAGCCGCAGCAGCUGCAGCAGCAGCCACGGGGUACACCUAUUUCACCACCGUCACCGUGGAGACCCGGAUGGAGGAGGAGGAGGGGGUGGGGGGGGGGGGGGAUGAUGCGAGCGUGCAAACGGCCCCUCUGCCCACCGUGGGUUGGGAUGCAUUGCCCGCCGGGGCGUCUACAGCAGCGCCGGCCACGCGCGCCACCGGAAGACCAUAUACCGUCCCUAUAACGGCUGUGGGGGUGUCGGGGGGGGGGGGUGGGUUGCAAGACUUGGACGACGUGUUGAAGACGACGAAGAUCAUCAUCGGCUGCUUCGUGGCCAUCACCUUCAUGGCGGCGGUGAUGCUGGUGGCGUUCUACAAGCUGAGGAAGCAGCACCAGAGGCACAAGCAGAGGGGUGGGGGUGGGGGGGGGGGGGGGGGCGCCAGGGCGGUGGAGAUCGUGAACGUGGAGGACGAGUUGGGGGGGGUGGGGGGGGGUCGGGGUCCCAUCGGGGGUCCCAUCGGGGACAGCCGUUUGGCGCUGCCGGCGUUGGAGAGGGAUCACGUGGAUCGCUACGCCGCCUUCGCGGCUCAUUACGGGAAUAGCGGCGGCGGAGGCGGAGGCGGCGGUGGGGCGGCGUUGGGCUGCGGGAAGAAUCCGCUCCUCAACUCCGCCCACGAACCGCUCCUCUUCAAGAGCCCCUCCAAGGAGAACGUGCAGGAGACGCAGAUCUGACGGCCGGGCGGCACCCCCCCAAAACACACACACACACCCCCCCCCAUAAAGAAGGAAGAUGGGGGUGUGGACUGACCCCCCCCGCUUAUGGACCCCCAA